AUGUGGAGGGGCCACAUCGUGAUGCUUAUCAAUUUGUCCCGAGCGCGGCUACGCUGCUCGCCCGACGGCAUUGUCCUGUCCUUCCAGCCGCCAUCCUCUCGGAACGGUCUCGCCUCGACUCAGCCAGCGCCUAUUCAUACGUGCCUCGGCUCCGUUUCCGCUUACACCUGCCAUCAUAGAACUAAUUCGAGGGUAAUAACCGUUUCCGCGUAUGCCGCACUCUCCGCCUGCAACGCGGCAAAUUGCAGUGGUGGCGCCGCGUUUAGGGCUCGCAUAAUGAGCGCAGUUAUCGGCAUUUUCACAGUGAUGUGCUACAACGUGCUAUGCGACAAGUACGCGACUCGGCAGAUGUACGGCUACUGCCCCAGCUGGGCGCUAGAGUGGGACUACAGGAAGAAGGGGAUCCUGGACGAAAUAAGGCAUUACUCCGCCGACAUCAUAAGCUUGCAGGCAAUGGAGACAGACCAGUUCUACAACUUCUUUCUGCCCGAGCUCAAGCAGGAUGGAUACGACGGCAUCUUCUCGCCAAAGUCUCGCGCCAAGACCAUGUCGGAGUCGGAAAGGAAAUAUGUCGACGGAUGCGCCAUCUUUUUUAGAUCUGCCAAGUUCGCUCUGGUUAAGGAGCACCUAAUAGAAUUCAAUCAGCUCGCGAUGGCGAACAGCGAGGGCUCGGACAACAUGCUCAACCGCGUCAUGCCCAAGGACAACAUCGGGCUGGCCGCACUCUUGAAAACCAAGGAGGCCGCCUGGGAGAACGGUAUACCGACCGACUCGUCGAUGCUCGGCCAGCCGAUCCUUGUGUGCACCGCCCACAUCCACUGGGACCCUGAGUUCUGCGACGUGAAGCUCAUCCAGACGAUGAUGCUGAGCAACGAGCUACGCAGCAUCCUCGACGACUCGGCGCGCACGCUCCGUCUGGCCGGCCACCGGGACAACGUGCAGUUGCUGCUUUGCGGCGACUUCAACUCGCUGCCGGACAGCGGCGUGGUGGAGUUCCUAUCGUCGGGGCGCGUGUCGUCGGAGCACCGCGACUUCAAGGAGCUGGGCUACGCGAACGUUCUGAGGCGGAUGCCCGGCUCCGAGCACGAGUUCACGCACAACUUCAAACUGGCGUCCGCUUAUAGCGAGGACAUAAUGCCCUACACCAAUUACACUUUCGACUUCAAAGGCAUCAUCGAUUACAUAUUCUACAGUAAACAGUCGAUGACGCCCCUCGGUCUAUUGGGUCCCUUAUCUCAGGAUUGGUUCCGCGAGCACAAAGUCGUCGGUUGCCCUCAUCCACAUAUACCCUCAGACCACUUCCCGCUGCUGGUGGAGCUCGAGAUGUGCCCGAGCGCGGGCGGCAACUCGAACGGGCUGAUCGGGCGCAGG